UCCUCCCCUGCUCGCCUCCCACGUGACAACCAGGAAGUGCCGCCCGCUCCUGAGUACAGCGGCGGCGUUGAUUUUGCUCCCCUUGGCCGCCUUCUUCAAGUCCAGGGUCGUAGUCGUCCUCGUCUUCACGUCGUCGUCGUCUUCACGUCGCCGCCUCUUCAAGUCGAAGGUCGUCGUCGUCUCUACGUCGCCGAUCGCUUCCCUCGAAUCGCUCCGUUUUGCGUCGAGGGUGACGCGCACACACACGCGCGCACAUGGCCGAGCUGCCCAAGCGCAUCAUCAAGGAGACGCAGCGGCUGAUGACGGAGCCCGUGCCGGGAAUCAGCGCCGAGCCGGAUGAGAGCAAUGCGCGCCACUUCCACGUCAUCAUCAUCGGGCCCCCCGACUCACCCUUCGAGGACGGCACCUUCAAGCUGGAGCUCUUCCUCCCCGAGGACUACCCCAUGGCGCCGCCCAAGGUGCGCUUCAUGACCAAGAUCUACCACCCCAACGUGGACAAGCUGGGACGUAUCUGCCUGGACAUACUCAAGGACAAGUGGUCACCGGCGCUGCAGAUCCGCACGGUGCUGCUGUCGAUCCAGGCGCUGCUGAGUGCACCCAAUCCAGAUGACCCCCUCGCCAAUGACGUCGCCGAGCUGUGGAAGGUUAACGAGGCCCAGGCCCUUGAGAAAGCAAGGGCUUGGACGAAGCUUCACGCGAGGAGCAAUCAGUAACGAGGAGUGCACUUGAGUCGCCGUAAUGCUUGAAUCUUCUCGACAGGAUGCUUUCCAACUUGCGGCUAGCUGUGAAAACGCACUCUAAAAAAACUCACUCUGCUGAUGUAUGCCGUUAGGUUCACUAUUAAUAAUAGCGUUUUGGUUUCCACGGAUGUGUUUUUUUUUGUGCUCGGCAGGAUUGUUAAAAGCACCCGUGCGCGCUCAGCGUACUUGCACGCCCGCAGCAACGCGCCGGUUGUGAAGUGCGUGCGUAAAAACUGUCAAAAAGAUCCAUGACGGAAGGCCCGAGUACGCUGCUUGAAAUGAUGUGCCUGUUAAAAUGAUGCUCUCACCCACGACGGGCCUGCUCCGAUUCACUCCGCACGCUCAUUUGCACGUGCAAUCUACGGCAGCAUGCGCAGCCAAAUUGCAGGGCAGUUACGUUUGUGAAUGGGCCUUUGCAAUUAGUCCUUUAAUUUUCUUCCUUGAUUCAAUGUCAUUAAAUGUGUGUUGCCCUUGGUAUUGAAAUCGUACUUGGAAUUUCCAGGCAUAUCUAGACCUCAACAGUUCAUCAAUAACACUUCCCUCAAUAAAAAUAUAUAUACGACAGGUGACAUUUUGAGCAAUGGCCCUUCAGCUUGGAAAGAUGAUCUCUCUGCUCAUGAAUGUGUUGGCUUCUUGCUGUGUGCACCACUGUCAACGCAACAUGUUUGGUCCAGCGGGAGCAGGCUUAAUAAGAGUGGUGUACAAUUAAAAAGUCUAAAAAAAUUACGAGCGCAUCAAUUCAA